GUAUAGUAGGAAAAAUAAAUGGAGGGUUUUGCAGAGCAGGUUGCUUGGAUAUAGUCAUAUAGGCAGAGAGGCUAGGGUUUGAGCGGUUCAAUUUUCAGAUAAGAGGCGGUGCGUCCUUGUCAUUGCCGGACCAGGGUUUUGCAUCGAGCAUAUUUUGAAGAGCACAGUUCAGAUGAAUCGUGAAAAGCUUAUGAAGAUGGCUGGUGCUGUUCGCACUGGUGGAAAGGGUAGCAUGCGAAGAAAAAAGAAGGCGAUUCAUAAGACUACAACCACAGAUGACAAAAGGCUUCAGAGUACCUUGAAAAGAAUAGGGGUGAAUGCUAUCCCUGCUAUCGAGGAAGUCAACAUUUUUAAGGAUGAUAUAGUCAUCCAGUUUUUGAACCCUAAAGUUCAAGCCUCGAUUGCUGCCAACACUUGGGUUGUUAGUGGCUCUCCUCAGACAAAAAAAUUGCAAGAUAUUCUCCCAGGGAUCAUCAACCAAUUGGGGCCAGAUAACUUGGACAAUCUGAGGCGGCUUGCGGAGCAGUUUCAAAAGCAGGCACCGGGUGCAGUUGCAGCACAGGAAGAUGAUGAUGAGGUCCCUGAACUUGUUGCUGGAGAGACAUUUGAAGCUGCUGCUAACGAGGCUCCUUCCUCCUAGCUAGAGAUGUCUUCUUGGAAGCAAUCUGUUUUCUUUUUCUGUUGGUCUUGUUACAAAAUUUUGUGGAUUUAUUUUUUACGAUGAACCAGAAAUUGAUAUUGUUCACAAGACAAGUCUCAUGCAAAUGGUCUCUGCCCCUUUCCAUAAUGUGCAUCAAAUUUUAUGUGGUGUGGCUGGCAAUGCUGGUUGAUUUUGUAUUGCCCCUUUCCAUUAGAGCUCUCGUUUUCUCUUUUCUGUAAUCUUCCAUUAGGGCUUCUGUAUGUGAUAUUAUUUGUAUUCCCAAGUGCUCUCCAUUGAUCCGAUCAACAUAAAAAUGUUUCAC